UAUAUUUGCCGAACGCAAAGGCAGCAGCUGAUUUAAAUGUUUUCAAAUCCAUAACCUCUACAAAAUGGAUAACUUGAAAAGAAACGUAAUUAUUGGAGUACUUAAUGAAGUUUUAGAUGAUGAUAGUGAUGAUGAGUUAAUUGCAAUAGUUUGUAGUAGUUAUAACUCGAUUGAACGUAAAUCUCGUGUGUGUAUUAGAAACUAUGUAGAAAAUAUAGUGCGCGCUUACAGUUUUGAUGAUUUCAAAAGCCACUUUAGAAUAAGUAGAAUUACUUUUGAAAAUUUGGUGCAAGUUUUGGGGCCAUCUCUAAAAGAACGUAAUGUACAAGGGAUAGGACGGCAUUGCCAUUCGCCUGAUUUGCAACUCCUAGUAUCGCUAACCAUGUUUUCAAACCAAACAGUGUACAGACUAUUAUCUGACAAAUUUGACAUCUCUAAAUCAACAGCGUGGUUAUAUGUUCGGAAAGUAACAGAAGCUUUAAAAGAGGUGUCCUCCAUUUAUAUUUCAUGGCCAACAGGUGCUACAGCAAAUAAUAUAAGUGAGAAAUUUAAAGAGCGUCAGAACUUUCCAGGAGUUAUUGGCGCCAUAGAUGGGUGUCACAUUUUAAUUACACCCCCUAGAAAUGUCCAAGGUUCUUAUUGUAAUCGAAAGGGCCAACACAGUAUAAUAUUACAAGGCGUUUGUGAUGCAAACUACAUGUUUCUCGAUGUUUUUGCAGGUUUUCCAGGCAGCGUCCAUGACGCAAGAGUUUUCUACAAUUCUCCAUUAGGUACAAAAAUGAGAGAAAAUCCUGGUGAAUUGUUUCCCAACAAUACACAUAUCUUAGGAGAUUCUGCAUAUAAGUGCUCUAAUUACUUAUUAACACCAUAUCGUGACAACGGCCAUUUGAGCAGAAAACAAAAAAAUUACAACUUCAAACAUUCUAGUACACGAGUGUACGUGGAACAAACUUUUGGUUUAUUGAAAGGGCGGUUUCGAAUUUUAAAACAUGUUCAUAUGUACAAUGUAGAACUUAUCCCUGAUUUAAUCUUGGCAUGUUGUGUGUUGCACAAUAUAUGUAUGAAAAACAAUGAUGAAAUUGAUGUUGAUACCUUUGAAGAUAAAGAUGAUUAUUAUAAUAAUGGAGAUGAAGAUUUUAGAAAAGUGGGCAAAAGGGAAUAUAUUGCUGAUUUAUUAAUGAAUUAAUUAACAAAUACAUUAAGUUUAGUUGUAAAUUUCACAACUUCAUUUUAAUAAAAUCAAAUAUUUUUAUUCUUUUUUAAGAAGUCCUAUUAACUCCCGUAACAUUGUCAUUUUUUCAUCAUAACGUUCCUUGGCCUCUUUUCUUAGAGUCG